CCAAAAUUUAGUUGGAGCUAUAGAUAAAAAUACUUUAUUUACAGUUAGUUUAUUUUUUUUUACUGUUUAACCAAUUACCCUCAUUUCGAUGGCCACCAAGCGUGUGUUAACACCCAGCAAAGCGGAAAAUGGACCCGACAAUACACAAGAAGCUGGAAACUCCCCGCAAAGCAAGAAAUUCAAGCAGAAGUUGGAGUUGCCGGCAGACGACGACGAUUUGGAGAACAUCGAUUGGGGCGACGAUGCGGACUUUGAUUUGGCGCUAGGUGCCAUGGAGUCGACGGCAAGCCACAGACUCGAUCUUAGCCAGUGGCAGCGAUGCCAGGUGGAGGUGGUGGAGCCGGUGCCCAAGAGCCAGGAGCUCCGGUUGCAGGUGAAGCGCCUCACCGACGGGGAUCCAGACACGGCCAUUUGCCUGCUGCAGGCGCCCUGGAAUCACAUGCGCGUGCAAGUGGGCGACACCGUCUCUUUGCUGGCCAAGUGGCAGCCAUCCCUGGGCAGCUAUGCGGUGGACAAGGAGCAGGGCUACUGCGUCUCUCAUCCGGAUCUUCUCAUAUCUGGCACCACAGUCACGGGUUCAUUGUUCUGCCGACGGAAGGCGGUGCUGCAGGAACGUUUUCGUGGUCUGGACUCGGGCAGCUCCAUCAUGGUAAUCGGCACCCUGGUGCAUGAACUGCUGCAAAAGGUGCUCUUGCAGAAGCUCUCAAGUCGAGAAGACAUCCAGUCCGCUCUCGCGGAGAUGCUGGCCAGCUCCUCCCUGGCCCAGCUGCUCUACGCGAGCAGUCUCAGCCAGUCGGAUAUGGAGAUGCAGCUGCUCAAGUUCGUGGAUCCCAUAGUCAGUUUUGUGGCACAGUAUGUAAAGGGCAAGGAACCGGCUGUCUUGCCGCCGGAUCUUUAUCGUGGACGCAUCGAAGAGAUACGCGACAUUGAGGAGAACCUGUGGGUGCCCCAGCUAGGCCUCAAAGGCAAGGUGGAUGUCUCAGUGCGAGUGCGAAAUCCCCUACGAAAGGAGGAAGUCAUUCCGCUAGAGCUUAAGACAGGCAGAGCCAGCUUCUCCAUGGAGCACAAGGGUCAGCUGCUGCUCUACCAACUAAUGCACUCUGCCCAGGGCCGGGACACCAGGUCGGGUCUGCUGCUGUACCUCCGUGAGGGCAUACUGCGCGAAGUGCCCAGUGGCCGAAACGAACAGAGGGACCUCGUGCUCCUGCGCAACGAUCUGGCCCACUGGCUGACUAGAGAAGUGGCCAUACCGCCCGGCAAGGAGGAUCCCCUUGAGCAGCUAGAGCUGCCGGAACCAAUUUACCAUCACAGCGCCUGCGGCAACUGUGCCUACAACACCAUAUGUUCGAGCUUUGCUCAGCGAGAUUCUGAACUGGAGCUUAGUGAAUCGCAUCCGCUGAAGAAACUCAUGCCACAGCUGCUGGGACACCUCAAGGAGCAGGAUCAGGCCUACGUGCAGCAUUGGUGCGGACUGCUGGCACUGGAGGAGCAGCACAAUCGCCAGUCCUCUCAGCUACGAGCCCUGUGGACAGAGGAUCCUCUAAAGCGUCAGAAGCAGGGUCGAGCCAUUGGUCAACUGCAGCUGGUUAAGGGGCAAAAGGUUGUACCAGAAGAGGGACGCUAUCGCCAGAGCCUGGAGCUAGCUGCAGACGCGGAUGCUGGCUUGGACCUGAGUCUUAGCGGGUUCGAUUUGGGCGAGUACGUUGUGAUCAGUUCCAGUUCCCGCUUGGCCAUCGCAUCGGGUUUUAUAGUUUCCCUGGCCAGUCGACACCUGGAGCUUCGUCUGGAACGCGAUCUUAGUCAGCGGUAUGCUCAGGAAUCCUUCGUAAUGGACAAACACGAAUCGCAGAACUUUGCCACCUUUAAUUACACGAAUCUGGGACUUUUGCUCUCCGAGGGCGAGCGCUUCCAAGAGCUGAGGGAUAUCAUAGUGGCUCGGAAGCCCCCCGAACAGCACAAGGUACUGCCUCGGAUCAUUCUGAGCAAGGGAGCGUCGAUGCUGUUGCAGCUGAAUACAGUGCAAAAGGCGGCCGCCCUGAGGGCUCUAACUACCAGUAGUCAUCUGCUUAUCAAAGGAUUGCCCGGCACUGGAAAGACCCAGACCUUGGUGUCCCUCGUAAGACUGCUCCAUUUGCUAGGAAAGAGCGUGCUGAUCACGGCGCAAACCCAUUCGGCGGUGGACAACCUGCUCCUGCGUCUUCUGCCCUUCGAGUUGCCCAUGCUGAGAUUGGGCUCCAGUUCCAGAAUCCAUCCCGAGCUGGAAAAUAUCAGCGAGGCUUCACUCACUAAAGAUUGUUCUACCGCUGAGGAGUUGCAGAAAACCCUGGAACAGCCAUCUAUUGUUGGUGUGACCUGUCUAGGAGCUGGACAUCCGCUCUUCCAGCACCGCCACUUCGACUACUGCAUUGUGGAUGAGGCCACGCAAGUGAUGCAGCCCACCGUGCUGCGCCCAUUGAUCCAUUGCAGCAAGUUCGUACUCGUGGGAGAUCCCGAGCAGCUGCCACCGGUCAUCAGAUCCAAGGAGGCACGUCAAAGAGGAGCAGACGAGACCCUGUUCCAAAGACUUGACUCGGAAGAGGCCACCGCUGUGCUAAGCCUGCAGUACCGAAUGAAUAGGACUAUCACACGGCUGGCCAAUGAGCUUACCUACGGUGGAGCUCUGCAGUGUGCCUCUGAGGAAGUGUCCGGAGCCGGUUUUCAAGUAAAGACGCUCACCCAAACGCCACGCUGGGUGCAACGGGCUCUGCAAAGCCACUUGGAGCAGGCGGUAACCUUGAUAAACACCGGAGAUUGCAUUGAGCGCUGCCAGGAGCUGGCUCAGGCAUCCCAAAGACUAGGAGAGACCUGUACCUCCAUAGAACAAAGUUACGGAGAGCCAGGGGAUGAGAAUUCUCAGAAGAGCACAUCGAAAAAGAGAAUAUCCAAGUACACAAACUACUGCGAAGCAGGCAUCGUGAUGCACAUGCUCAGGCACCUACUUAAGUCCGGCUUUGAGGCAUCCAGGAUUGGUGUGAUUGCUCCUUACCGGGCUCAGGUGGAGCUCCUCAAGAAACUGGCCUCUCAACUUGACUCCCACAUCGAGUGCAACACUGUGGAUCAAUUCCAGGGCCGAGAUAAGAACCUAAUUGUGUACAGCUGCUCCAAGACGGGCAGGGACUCCUGCUCCGAUAUGGAAAGAAGUCGGGAGUCAGAGAUCCUGGAAGAUCAGCGUCGCCUGACUGUGGCCAUCACUCGAGCCAAAAACAAACUAAUCCUUCUUGGUGAUAUUCAGUGUCUGGAGCAAUAUGGUCCCUUCCGUCGGCUAUUUCAGCACAUCCCGGACAGAUGUCGCCUAAAAUUGGAAGAAGGUCGCAUGGAGUUUGCCUGGAAGAGCAUCCAAGAGGAGCUGGCCAGCCUAAUGGAAUCGGAGUCGGAGGCGAAGUCCUAGGUAUUUGGAUUUUAUUUUAUAUUAUUUUUAUUAUUCUAUAAUUUCAUUAUUAAAUGAUUUAUUAUUGAAACAUUCAGGGGUGCCACAUAACCCGUUGUGGUUUUGUCAUUGCAUUUUUUAUUCCUCUUAAUUAUUUAAUAAAAUUCCUUUCUUGUAAAGUUGUAAAGUU